UGAGCAAAAUAAAACAUGUCUGAAUGAAGAGAGCCUGGAUUCCCAUUAUAAAAUCACACAAAAAGCCUAUUUUACAGUGUACACGAACGCAGGGACAGGAUGGUGUUAUGACCGUUUUGGCCACCUGCCAGAUAGAUGGAAAACCCGCGAGGAGGAAGAGGAAGGAAAAGGGGCGGGGCCUUGACACCGGAAGAGCUGCAUGCUAUGGAAGACUCAUCAAUCUGUAAACUACCGUAGCCGUUGUACAUUCCCACCACGUGUACGGACGACGGAUACAUCUAAUGUCUCUGCUAAAUAUUUCAUCGACAUAUGUUGACAAUUUUUUGCUUGAAAAAUGUUUGAAUUAACGCUGGGAACAUUAUGAAAACACAGUGACAAGACCAACAUUUUUUACAAGCUUCAGAUCUUCCCCCGACAGGAUGAAGGAAAAUGCUCCGCGGGACCGGGGUUGCAUGGUGGGGAUCAUUUUCUUCAUUCUGGGCCUGGGAACGCUGCUGCCAUGGAACUUCUUCAUGACGGCCUCAUUGUAUUUCCAAGGUCGCCUAAACACAACAGAAUGGAGCAACGGCACAGAGGUGAUCCGUAAGGAGUAUUACUUCAACAACUGGAUGACCCUGCUGUCCCAGCUGCCCCUGCUGCUGUUCACACUGCUCAACUCUUUCUUCUACCAGAGGAUAUCAGAGGCGAUACGUAUUGGAGGGAGUCUGGUUCUGGUCCUGCUGCUCUUCAUCUUCACUGCUGUUCUGGUCAAAGUGCCCAUGGAGGAAGACAGCUUCUUCUCCGUCACCAUGGCUACUAUCUGGUUCAUCAACUCGUUUGGUGCCGUGCUGCAGGGCAGUCUGUUCGGCCUGGUGGGUCUGCUCCCUCAGAGGUACAGCGCCAUCUUCAUGAGCGGGCAGGGACUUGCGGGAACCUUCGCUGCCAUCGCAAUGCUGAUAGCUCUCGGCAGUGAUGCUGACUCUGAGACCGCUGCGUUGGGUUACUUCAUUACUCCAUGUGUGGGGACGCUGUUAACACUUUUCAGCUACAUGGUGCUCCCUCGCCUGGAAUUUGCCCAGUUUCAUUUGAACAAAAGCAGCAAGUAUGAGGCAGACACCACAGACGGGCUGCUGAAAGGAACUGAAACCGUAGCGAGAUAUAACCAAGAGAGCGGCACGGCGGAGAACGGAAAGCUGAACGGCCACGCUAACGGCUCAGCUGCCUGCAGUGUGGACGAGGUCGAGUCGGACCCACAUUCAGAAGCCAACACACACGCCUUCCUUCCAAUAGAGCAGGACAACAGGGGAGCAGCCAAAGCUCCGGUUAAGGAGGUCUUCAAGAGGAUCUGGGUGAUGGCGUUCUGCGUGACGUUUGUGUUCACCGUAACUCUGUCCGUCUUCCCUGCCGUCACGGCAGAUGUCAGAACAUAUUUUCCAAAUACUAAAUGGGAGCGCUUCUUUAUCUCCACGUGCUGCUUCUUGGUUUUCAACAUUAACGACUGGCUCGGUCGGACCAUCACCACAUGGCUGCAGUGGCCCAGUAAAGAGUCUCGUGUGUUCCCGGCGCUGGUCGUCUCUCGGUUGGUCUUCAUCCCUCUGCUCAUGCUCUGCAACGUUCAGAGCCGCUCCUACCUGCCCGUCUACUUCCCCCACGACUCUGCGUUCACUGCCAUCAUGUGUCUCUUCUCGCUGUCCAGUGGAUACUUCGUGUGCCUCUCCAUGUCCUACGCUCCACAGUUGGUGGAGCCUAAAGACGCAGAGACCGCAGGAGCCCUCAUGACCUUCUUCUUAGCUCUGGGUUUGUCCAUCGGAGCCGCCGUGUCCUUCCCUCUCAGAUAUCUGGUCUAGUCACACACACACACACACACACACACACACACACACACACACAAACACUCACCUCGCACCCCAUAGACACUGUAGAGAACUUCCACACACACACCUGAAGGGGGAAAUGGGAUGAAUGUGUCCCCCUCUCCUGUGCAGCCUCCUUGUUUUCCCAUUCAUCAGUCGGGUGCUGUGAGUACGAGCUGUGUGAGGAGGCAGCUCAGGAUUUAAUCGGGGCCGCAGAGACUCCAGGUGAGAGUCGGACCUGAGGAAGCGGCUCCUCUCUGCUCAUAGGAUUGGUUUGUUGGACCUUUAAUGUCGAUUUUGGUAGGAUUAUUUAUGUUGAAUUCGUACGUAGACGUAUGUAGGAACCCUUACGUAGACUGAAAUAGUUUCAUAUGCUGCAAUUAUUAAAACACCCGUUAGAUAGAAGUACUUCAUUUCAACCUUUGUGUUCGUUUGCUUUUUGAUAUUUGAGUUUUUUAUUUGAUUGAUGACGGUUUCUUGAAUCUACCUAUAGUUAGACGUUUUGUAUUUUUAAUAAGAUAGCUCGGUGUUACACGAGUAGAACAAACUGAAGCUUCUUUGUUUCAGCUGCAAAUGACAAAUUAACGACCCGUGUAAAAGGCACGGAGAGACGCAUGGGUGGAUUAGUGCACGGGGCCAACUAGGAGCAGGCAGCAGUCCAAGUGUUAGAGGGUUCAAAGGGACCAUAAAAGACCACAAAGAGUUGCAGAACGGCUUCGAGGAGACAGAUUUCAGGUUUGAUGUUGUUGUUUUUUCGUCUGAUUCCUUCAUGUGUGCUCCCAGACACCCAUGUAAGGCCAAUUCCAGUUUGUCCUAUCCUCCUGGUCCUGGUCAUGGUCCUUGUUCAGCUGCAGCAUCACUUCUGUUUUCACUGACGUGAAAGCUGCUGCUGCCCUCUGCUGGUCACACAGCUCUGUUGCUCCAGUGUUUCACUCAGUUAGCUGAAAAACCUCAAACAUGACGGUGGAGCAGGGGUUAUACCAGGAAGCGAGAUCAGACACAAACUCUCUUUAAUCUGUGACUGAAGCCCGACACAUGACGACAAACAAGGACGGAUGCACAGUUUGGUUCUUGCAGGAUCAAAGUUUUGCAUCACAGAAGCUUCCUGUGCUCAAAGUCCAGCGUUUCAGUCUAGAAUCAGAUGCUGGAUACAACUUUACAGUCCCAUUUCUUUGCACUGCUCAUUUAACUUUAAAUGAUGCUUAUAAAUAAUUUCAGAGUCCACUGAUUAAAGAAAGAUUUCUCCUCUCUUUACUUAAAGAACUUUCUCUGGCUGUGCAUCCACUCACUGAGAUUUAAGACUCAGGGUUACAUUUCCUUGUUGCUUUUUUACAAGCAAUAGGUAAUAUUUUACACAUAUAUAUAUAUACCUGUCUUUUUUUAAACAAUAUCAUUGAUUCAUUCAAAAUUGCAUCAUAGACUUUUAUGAAACUAGAAAGUCUCCACUUUUGGACACAUCCCAAAAGUUUCAGAGGGAUUGGCGUCCCAUCACAGCCGUCGUUGUUCCUUUUCGUGACAAAGAAACAUCACAUGAUGCGACAAACUUCCUCUUUCUGUGAGCGCACAGAGCUCAAAUAGGAAAGCCUGAGUUAUCCUCACUGGAGCUCCGGGUGUUGUCGACCCGGCGUCCUUAAAGAGAGACUGGUAGCUGUUAUUUUAAAUAUUAUUUUAAAGAUGUUUUAUUUGAUAGGACAGCUAGAGAGGGACGGAAAUGUGUGAAGAUAGGACCAAACCUGUCAGGACCAAUAGAACUGUACAUGGGGCGCCCACUAAACUCAAGCGGCAACCCCAUUCUAAAAAUAUGAGUCCAAUGCCUAAGUGUUAAAAACUUCAGUUCAUCGAGGAGCCGCUUGAGGCUGGCUCCGGAAGUCACAUACACAUGAAUGGGAAAAAGACGAUCUUUACAGCAGAAAUAAACAUGUUUUACAGCCUGGUACAAAAAACGAGUGCAGGAUGGAUAGAUCAUUUCUCGAUCGGCACACACUGUACGAGACAUUGAGAUUACAAGUCUUCCAAUGAGAGGCACAGCUGACUUGAUUGACAGGCGGGAACGCUGUAGCUGUUGGCGAGGAGGCUCAAAGCCCGCCUCUUUACCUCACAAUCGCUCGACAGCAGCAAUAUGGCUCCCGCCGACGAUUGGCCUCAAAACAGCGCUUCAGAAACAGAUUGGUGGUGUCAGUGGUGAACAGUCUAUGGCUAAACCCCACCCCAGAAGGCCGGGCUCGCUUCGUGGUAUACCCCUCAGGUUACAUAGGAAGAGCAACUUCUGAGUCCUGUCUGUCAGAUGAGGAUGUUAUGUUCGAUACAAUGUCAAGUAUUGCAUGGAUACCUUUUGCCACACCAACACCUUCACAUGCAGACGAGUUAAUGUACGACUUCAGGUGGAUGUAAGUUGAGUUUUGUUUUAGCCCCGUGAUCAUAAUCCCGAUCUCUGCAGACUUAACAUUUAUUUUUAUUCUCCAACGUGUCACCUUCAGACUUUAAGAAGUCGUUCUCGACUAGGUCAACGUCUUGGUGACUGCUGCUGCUUAAAAUAUAAUAAGGACUGAGUCCCAGUGGAGGGAGCAACAUUACCCGGAUCAUAACAUUAUUUUUCAUGUAUGGUUUGACCUAUGCUGCAUUCAAUUAUAGUGGGAUUUUUUUUUAUCCUUUUACUCUGUUGUUUGUAAUGUAAACUGAACACAUGCGAAUGAGGUUCUACCAAGACAAUAUCUCCGUUAACUAGAAACAGCUGCUGCGUUGAUGCCUUCAGAUCCACCAGAGUCCAUUCACAAAACACUCAUUUCACCUUUAAAACAUGGUGAUGAUUUACAGAUCACAACCUUGAUUGUGUUGUUGAGUGGUUGAGUUAAACGGUUGAAUCAGCUCAUGCUACAUAAUUGUGUCAUGCACACUUUCACAGAAAAGUCCCCUGAUGUGUGCAGCACUAGAGCCAAAACUCCUCCCUCUGAGGGGUUAAAUGACUGUUUUUGUGAACAGAGUUUGGUGGCUUUGAGGAACACAAUGUAACAGAUGUUUCUGGGUUCUUAUUCUGAAAAAAAGGUACCUGUAGGGAUCCUUCCUGCAACACCAGAAUAAAAAUCUGGCAAAGAAGUUGUACUUGAUGGUUAAAGUGCAUUUUAUAGUAUUGAAUUAAGCUCCAAAUGCUGCUGCAAACAAAUCAAAAACUGUAACUCUGGGUCAAAAAAUACUGUAAUUACUCUUUUUUUUAUUUGCUUACAGAAAACAAACUACGGUACUGUUUAUGAUAAGUAUUUAGUUUCCAUGUUUAAAUGUAGUACAUGCUACAUUUAAACUUUCUGCAGGAAUUCUGCAGGAAACAUGGUGCAAUCACAUUCUGCUUCAUAUUUCCUGCAGACCCUGAAUGCAGCAUGUUACAGUCAUUUAACCCGGGGAUUUAUUCAUCUCUACUUUCUGCUUCUGAACCGGUUGUGUAGAGAAUGUAAAAUUCACAGGCAGUGUACGGUUUAUAGUCGCAGGAGUCAUAGUGAUAGUGUCAUAUUGAAGCCGCCUCCUGUAGUGAUUGGUCUGUGCUUGUGUUGCUGAUUGUCUUAGCAGCAGGACUUCAUCCAACAUGAGCAACAUAAGCAGAGUCUUCAAAGGUCUCACAGUGUUUUCUCUGAUACUUGAUGUGCUGCUCAAAAACACAGUCUGGGAUACAGUAAAGGGAAAAAUGCCUGUGCAUGUGCAUCAUGUAUCUUUGUAGAUGAACUGUCAAUAAAUAGUUGAGUAUAACAGAA